UGCCGUCGCUGCUCCCUGCCCCUGAUUCCCGGCCGGAACACAGAGCUCCAGCUGGAGGAGAAGAGUACGGAAAUCAAGCCCAAAAAGAAGCGUAAUCGUAGGCUGAAGAAGAAGCCCAACAACGACAAGAGAGAGGAGGCGAAAUCUCCACUAGAACCUGCUCCAGAAAUCCCCAAGAAAACCGAACGAAUCCCCGUCUUCUUGGAGUGCUCGCUCUGCCAAAGCCGACGCACCUUUGUGCCCACAGAGAGCCAGAGAGAGUGCUGGCUGGAGCAGCCGGAGGCCGUCGUCUCCGAGUUCUCUUUGCGGGAAGAGAACGGCCAGUGAUAAGCUUAUCUGGGCAGCGAGGAGAUUCUCUCAGACAGGCAGACCCGGCCAGCAGGCAGUUGAACCCGGAAUGCUGAGCUGUAGAUACCUAAUUGGACGGUUGCUCCUUGGCCGGCCGGCGAGUACAGUGGCCCGUUCCCUGGCACCCGGCUACGUGGAGAUUCGGGAGGCGAAUCACGGUAGCGAGGUCCUCAAAUACCCACAGAUCUGGUUGAGGGACAACUGCCAGUGCCCCGACUGCUUCCACGCCUCGACCAGGGCCCGGAAAAGUCACUGGGAGCGAGGACCCCUCAACAUUGAGGUGUCCAAGCUGAACUACAACCCAGAGCAGCAGAAACUGGAGGUGACGUGGCAGGACGAUCAUCAGAGCACCUACGACAUGGCCUGGCUGAGGGAAAGGGACUUCGGGGAGGCGGCCAGGAAGCGGUAUCUGGAGGAAGUCUACAAGCCGCCGCCACAGCUCUGGGGGAAGUCGGACUUUCCGGCGAUGCGUCGGGAAUUCGACUACCAGGACGUGCUCGAGAAGGACAAAGUGCUGAGGUCCUGGCUGGAGGCAUUGGCCGUGCAGGGAUUUGCCAUCCUGAAGGAGGCGCCGGACGAUGUCAAUGUGGCGAGGAAGCUGGCCGAGAGGAUCGGUUACAUCAAGCGGACCACCUACGGCGAUGUGUUCGAGGUCAAGUCCAAGCCCAAUGCCGGCAACUACGCCUACCUGAUGACGCCCCUGCCCCUCCACACGGACAUGCCCUACUACGAGUACAAGGCCGGCAUCAACAUCCUCCACACCCUCGUCCAGUCAGAGUCCUUGGGGGGUGCCAACACCCUAACCGAUGGCUUCAAUGUGGCUGCUGCCCUCCAGCGUCAUCAUCCGCAGGACUUUGAGGUCCUCCGAUCGGUGCCUGUCAACUGGUUCGACAUUGGACACGACGGGGAUGCGGACAAGCCGUUCCAUAGCCUGUGGCGGGCGCCGGUCAUCUGCCUGGACGUGGACGGGCAGUUCGCCAGGAUCAAUCAGAACACCACCAAGCGGGAUAGUCGGUUUACGGUGCCGCUGGAUCGGGCCAUGGCCUGGUACGAGGCCUACAACAAGUUCCUCUCCUUGGCCCAGUCCGAGGCCGUGGAGUUCAAGACCCAGGCGGGUGAUGUGUUCGUCUUUAACAACCUCCGGAUGCUGCACGGCCGGACGGCCUACGAGGAUGCUCCGGGCAACAAGCGCCAUCUGGUGGGGGCCUACGUCGACUGGGAUAUCAUCUAUUCGAGGCUGCGAACUCUCAAGUUUCCACAUGCCAGAGAUUGAGACUAUGGACUAGGUUUAAGACUUAAAUAGGAGCAGGAUAGCAAGUAUCUAUGCGUCCUUUAACUUUCAGGACUUUCAAAUAAAAGAUAAUAGAACUUUUUUUAAAAAAUAAA